GCUGUCUAUAUAUAGUUUCAUCUACCCACUCAUUCAGACCAACAGGAAAUGGUGUGCAUGCGUGUGCGUGUGUGUGGGUUACAUCAGUUUUUUAAGUAACCCUAUAAGCAGACGACCUUAACAAGAGAAGGUGUAAGUUGAAACAGCAGCGUGUCGUGUCGUGCGUGCAGUGUGUUCGUACGUGCACGUUCGCUCGGUGCAUUAUAUCCGUACAGUCCGACGCGGUUCGUAUUUGUUUGUGUCAAAUAAACAGACAAUGAAAGGAAAAAGGAGAGACUCUUAGAGAGUCAGAGUCAAACCACGGCGUAGACAACAGGAAAACAGCAGGGUCGAGCUGCUGGAGCAGAGAUGACAACUCACCGUGGCUGAAAAAAGUGCUUUUCAUCUGGGGAUCAGGGCCUUAAUACAUGACUGACUAAAUCAUGUCUUUGUUCACGUUGUGGCCCUGGGAUGACCACGACUGCAGUGUGUGUGUGUGUGUGUGUGUGUGUGUGAAUGCUUGCUUGAGUGGGGGACAGGGAAAGCGUGAGAGUAAAAGGUGAGUCACAGAGUUAUGUAGAAAAUAAGGGGGGAAAAACAGACUAAAAACAGAAACAGUCACAUCGUACUGAAAUAAACCUGAUUGAAAAAGAACGACUGACCUGAUCAACUAGGUGAUAAGGCACUGUGUGUUACAAACAUUCUCUCUCUCUCUGUCUCUCUGUCUCUCUCUCUCGCUCUGCGUCACACACACACAUACACACCCCCACUUAGAAACGUAGGUAGAGCUAAUCCCCAUCAUUGACUGUCUUGUUCUCACAAGAGGAAAUGCUACCCUGCAAUGAACUGCUGUCCUGGGUUUUUCACUCUCUCUCACUCCCCGUCUGUGUCUCUCGCUCGCUUCCUUCAAAGCAUAGGAAACACUCGUGCGUGCUAGUGUGUGUGUAUGUGUGUGCUGCUGCAGUUGGACCUCGUGUCUCUAUGGAACCUGCUGACAGAACCACAAUGUGAAUGAGCCAUGGCCAACAACGUCCAAUGGGAUAACUCACCUGAGGUCAUGGAUCCAAAAGUUCAACAUUCUCCACACUCAGUUGGAUGCUCCCCCACUGUCCCAGAGUCGGAGCUGUAUCGCAGCAUCAAGGCGGUGAUGCCCAGGGAGACGGAGAACCAGCAACCCAUGGACUGUAUUAACAAGGGCAUGCUCAGAUGGACGCUUCAUAAGAAGGUGAAAAACAACCCUGCCAACAGCUCCUCUUUGGUGUGGGUUCUGAUAAAGGAGCUGGAAAGGGCUGAAAAAUGGGAUUCUCGCAAAUGCAUCAUUCCUCUGCUCCACACUCUGAUGUAUGCCAUCAUUCAGACGGCCUACAUUCCAGAUGAGCUCUACAAGCGGAUCUAUGACUUUUGCAAAAGACUGAUGACGUUCCCUCAACCCUACUGCACCGUCGGUCUGAGCUACGCCAGACAGAUGAAGACUGAACGGGCCAUUCCAGGUCUGAUGUACCAGAGGAUGGUCGCAGCAGAGCAGAGACUAAAAAACGACUACUACCCCUGUCAGGAGAAAGUUUUUGUUUUGGCUGACCCAGAGGUCUUCUCUGAUUCUUUGGGAAACUUCAUGUUGGGCGACAUCGAGGCCUCAGCUGUGGAGGCAGGUGGCGCUCUGAGCCCUCUAGAUCACAUGCGCAAUGUUGUCCACCACUCCAUCCAGGCUGCUUUAGGUCCAGAGCACUGCCAUGGACCAAAACUGGCCCAGGCCUUGAAGGACGUGGGUCAAGACGUGGAGUCGCACUUCCAGGAAGUGUUGGCGACUCUUGAGCAGAGCGUGAACGAGGCAGGCAGAGCGGAGGAGGGGGCUCUGAGAAGACGCCUGGAGAAGCUGUACAGUAAAAUCCUCACUAACAAAGACUCAGAGCCAUUGUCCACUGGGCUGCUGUGUGACUCCCCUCUUCCUAACCCAGAGAUGGACGUUCAACUGUGGACAGAAGAAGUGGACAUAUGGAGGGAGGUGGCCAAGUGGCUUCGAUCUACCUUCAUGUCAGAUUCGUUCUCCCUCAGCGAGGAGCAGGAGGACUAUCAGCUGGGAGACGCUCCCACUGAACUCAUCGCAUCUGAAAACACUCGACUUUCCGUCAUGUCCACCGACAGCGGGAUUGAAAGAGACCUCCCUGCCAACGCGGACUCUUCCCCGUCGUCCUCUCUGGACAACGCCAGCCUUAGCACUUCAUGGCAGGAACCUGGCAAGAGCGAUCAGGACUCGAGGCUGUCCAGACGUGGAGGAAUGAAGAUGAGGCCGUCGGUGAAGGAAACCAUGGCGCUGAUGCAGGACACGCUGGAGGAUCACGAAGGAGGAAACGGAGGGAGGGCGAGGAAAGGAGGCACGCUGCAGAGGAGGGCAGGAACCACCAUGAUGCACACUCCCAUCACCAAGCAGCAUAAACACUAUACUGCCAGAAUAGUGGUAAUGGGGGACGACAGGAUCGUGGGCCGCCUGGCCAAGGCCUACUACCACUACAGGAAAAGGGAAGCACGGCGACUGUUCCUCACAAUGAAAGUCAACCUGCAGUUUUACUACAUCCCUGUUUGCAAGGCUACAGCUCACAUAUCGUCUGUAAAGGUUAACCAGCCUGUGAGUCAGUUGAAGGAAAAUCCCUGCACUCUUGGUUCGUACUUGAGCAUGGUGGACCCAUGGUACAACUGUAACAUCAGAGGUUUAGGCUCCAUGAUCCCCAAACUGGCAAAGAUGCAACAAGCCAAUCCAGGCAGACCUAAGGAGCCCUUCACCUCUGAUGUCAUAUCUUAUUACGUCCGAACUGGCCAGCAGCCUGUCUUCUUCAGCAUCUAUUUUGUUAAGCUCACAUUCCGAGGUAAAAUCAAGGAUUCAGUGGAGGAGGUGUUCCUCACUCAUCUAGAAGUGGAGUUUCCUGAGUUCAAAAAAAUCUCAGCAUCAGUUCGAGAAAAACCUAGACGAAACGCCGGUGAAACAUGUGGAGCCAUGAUCUCCAUGAGUUAUAAAAAGGUGACGUUGAGAGGCACGGACAUCGACAAAGGCGUCUCCUGCAGAACGUCGGGCGUUCAGAUCAAUGCCAUCCCCACCAGUGAAGCAGAAGAUCUAAACUGUUUGACUGUAACCAUGAAUGAGCCUCCAACCAAAACUAAGAACAGCCACAUGGAAUCCAAGAUUCGGACAAACAACAUCAAAAUUGACGCCAAGGAGGGUCGAUCUUUCACCGUCACAGUGGACUCACAGAGGACAUAUGCUGGUGUGCAGUGCAUGGAGAUCUCCCCGUGCCUCGACCCCGGCUACUACGUCCAGAAAACCAUUCGAUCCAAGUUCACCGUCGGGGAGGAGACGAACGCUGGACUGAGCAAAUACAUGAUCAAAGGGCUCCCUCUCCCCAUCAACACGUUUGCUGGAAUCAUAAACUGACACAACGCCGACACUUGAAGCAAAACCACGCUGUGUUUCAAUCCCGGGAACGUUGACCAGAGGUCUGAGUUAUAGUCCUGAAACCAGAUCCAGGACGUGAGCGACGAGUGUGUGAAGAAGCUUCAGGCUGGAAACAACACAGACAGUGGACUCACCUGGAUUAACACAUACAUGAACUUUAUCAGCGCCACACAGUGGAGGAGCGGUUAGUUCACUGGUGGUCUUUUUAUGGACUGCUGGGAUUGGCUCCCAGUCGCCACAAGACUGAGAAAGCUGAAGCUGAAGCUGUAGAAGACGACGGUCGACACUGGUGAUCAGUUUUUUUGUCGUCAGAAUUUAAUCUGCAGAUUAUUGGCAGCAUGUGGAACUGGAAAAUGUUGGUAUUUCUUUUUUUUUCUUUUCGACACACUACUAUUUGCUGCUUACAUAAACAAGUACACACACACACAGAGGAGUGUUCAUUAACCACAGGGGAAUGCAGAGAUACAGGCACACCUGCAUUUACCAACUACAGCCCUCUGAUAGUUGCAGAACUUGUGCGAUCAAAGCUCUUUUUUUUUUUGCUCACAAAAUGCAAAAGAACAAAAAGUCAUUUCCUGUUGCUGUGGCUCGUAGAUAGUAAAAGUAGAAGUAUAUUUAUCAUCUUCAAACUUAGUGACGGGAACAACAGAAGACCACAACGUCUGUAGAGGUGAGAACAACGUGCAAGAAGUCCUGCCCAGACACCACGUGUCUUCAGCUCUGUGGACAAUACUGUCGUAGACCAAGAGCGUAGGUCGGCGAUAUUUGAAAGUGAAACUUGUCAGUAAACGUCUCGGAUGUUUUUUUUUCCAUCAUUUUUGAUCUGUUUCUACCCGAACAGCCAGACUCUUUACACAUUCUCGUGGUUACAGACCUGAAUGUACAAGGAGUUACUGUCUCAAAGGUUCGUCUUUAAGGCGCCGCAGUCUUACUGUAUUGGUGAAUUGUUGUUAGUUAUUCAAGUAAAAUAUAAAGGUAUAUUUGCUGUCAUAUGGUUUGAAAAAAAAAUCACAUUGACUGUGAUUGUUUGGCAGUUACUUCGGCUGUGCCUCCACAGCCCACGUCUGUCUAUUCUACAGCAGGAGAGUGAAAUCAUGAGUUUUGCACAGUUUCAUACCAUGGACAUUGAAUCUUUUUUGUAAAUAUAAGAUUUAAUUGUGUAAUAAAAUGUUUGUUUUGGGAAAAAAA